AUCUUCCAUUUUUGCAGACUUCGCCGUUCUCGCAGUUCCAGUCUACCUUCUCCUUCGCCCGUCUUCGUCGCCUCGGUUUUCGUGAAUCCGCCCGCCGGUGAUCGUCCUCUCGCGCUUGAUCCGCUGCGCUCCGCGACAACCAACUUAACGAAAAUGGGGCGCAAGUUCUUCGUCGGCGGGAACUGGAAGUGCAAUGGCACGGUGGAAAGUCUUUCGAAAUUGGUAGGCGUACUCAAUGCCGGCGAGAUCGUCUCUACGGACAUCGUGGAGGUGGUGGUUGCGCCCACGUUUAUCUACCUGCCGAUGGUUAAGGACAAGUUGAGGAAAGAGAUUCAGGUGUCUGCGCAGAAUUGCUGGGUGAAGAAGGGUGGCGCGUACACCGGCGAAGUCAGCGCGGAGCAGUUGGUGGAUAUGGGCAUUCCCUACGUGAUACUUGGGCACUCGGAAAGGCGGCAUAUUCUGAAGGAGAGCCACGAUUUCGUGGGUGAGAAGUGUGCGUAUGCGCUUAGCAAGGGGUUGAAGGUGAUCGCGUGUAUUGGAGAGACUCUGGAUGAGAGAGAGGCGGGAGAUACCAUCAAGGUGUGCGCGCAGCAGUUGGACGCCAUCAAGGAGGCCAUCGGUGAUAACUGGGCGAACGUGGUGGUGGCAUACGAGCCGGUCUGGGCAAUUGGCACUGGGAAGGUGGCGACGCCGGAGCAGGCGGAGGAUGUGCACCUGGAAGUAAGGAAAUGGCUGGCGGAGAACGUGAGCGCCGAAGUUGCUGAGUCCACGCGUAUUCUGUACGGAGGGUCAGUGACCGCUGGAAACUGCAAGGAGCUGGCCAAGAAGCCCAACGUGGAUGGCUUCCUCGUUGGCGGUGCGUCGCUGAAGGCCGAGUUCAUUGACAUCAUCAACUCCGCUCAGGCGAAGGUUGAACAUUAGAGAUUGUUUCGUGUGUUUGUUUUUGUGUGUGUGUGUGUGUGUGUGGGUGUGUGUGUGUGUGAGAGAGAGAGAGAGAGAGAGAGAGAGAGCUGUC